AUGUCUAUGAAAAUUUUGCGCGGGAAGAUUGCGCGACAGAUAUUAAAGAGUUACACCGAAAAACAACUUAAAAGACAUGUUUUAGUUCGAAAUGUUAGAUGUUUAGCCACACAGACCGCGCCGGUCCUGGAGCCAAACCAUUUGGUAUCUCCAUACGGUGAAAUAUCAGUUGGAAAUGAAAAUUUAACGGAUCAUGUGUUUAAAGAUUUUGCGGAGUGGUCAGAUGCACCAUGUGUGACAUGCGGAGCUUCUGGACGUUCCUACGAAUAUGGGAUGAUGCGGUUGAUGAUUGAACGUUGUUCGACAGCCCUUGCCGGCCAUUUGAAGCUGAAACCGGGUGAACGAAUUGGACUGAUUCUGCCAAAUAUACCGGAGUUUGUUGUUCUCAUCCAUGGUGCCAUGAAAGCAGGACUUGUAGUCACUUUUGCCAACCCUUUGUACACUUCUGACGAAGUACGUCGUCAGUUCGCGGACUGCAACGUGAAGGCCAUUGCUACAAUUGAGAUGUUCAUGCCGGUCGCGAUGGAGGUCAGCAAAUCACUGAAGGAUUAUAAAGGAACCAUAUGGGUUGGUGGCGAAGAUGACAAAACUAAAGGAAUCCAUGGCCUCCGCUCACUGUUAAUGGCAGGUCAUGAAGCGGAUCUUCCUAAAUUGGAUGCUGACGAUGUCUGUCUGAUCCCUUACUCCAGUGGAACCACUGGACUGCCCAAGGGAGUCAUGCUCACGCAUAAGAACCUUGUGUCCAACAUAAAGCAAGUGCAAACACCAAAAUUCAUGAAGUAUGAAGCCGAAAAAGGAAAAGGCGACGUCAUCUUGACGGUUCCGCCAUUUUUCCACAUCUACGGAUUUAACGGUAUUCUCAAUUAUAACUUGGUGCUCGGCUAUCACAUCGUCUCUCUCCCCAAGUUCACACCAGAAGACUAUAUAAAAUGUCUGAUCGAAUAUAAACCAACAACUCUGUUUGUGGUGCCAUCAUUAUUGACAUUCCUUGCGACUCAUCCUUCAGUGAAGAAGGAGUAUUUGGAGUCAGUGGAAUCCAUCAUGGUUGGGGCUGCUCCCACCACGGAUAGUAUGUUGGAGAAGUUCCUUCUCAAGGUCGGGAAGACCAAGGAUCAAAUUAAGUUACUACAAGGUUACGGAAUGACGGAGAGUUCUCCUGUGACUCUCCUAACACCAUACAUAUACCCGUAUGACAAAAUCGGGUCAAUUGGUCAGUUGGUGCCGUCAACUCAGGCCAGGGUCAUAUCUCUCACCACAGGUGACUCUUUGGGCCCCCAUGAGUCAGGGGAAAUAUUAUUGAAGGGGCCACAGGUGAUGAAAGGCUAUUGGAAUAACGAGAAAGCUACGAAAGAGACCGUAGACAACGAAGGGUGGUUACACACGGGUGACGUCGCGUAUUAUGACAAGGACCAUUACUUCUACAUCGUUGACAGGACUAAGGAACUUAUCAAGGUUAAGGGUAACCAGGUCUCACCAACAGAAAUCGAAAAUAUAAUAAUGGAGCAACCGGAAGUAGCGGAUGUCGCCGUUGUCGGUAUGCCGGAUGCACUCGCGGGGGAAGUCCCUAAAGCCUUUGUCGUUCUAAAGCCAAAUCACAAAUUGACAGAAAAACAAGUUUAUGAUAUUAUUGCCCAGAAAUUGGUGAAAUACAAACAUUUGGAAGGCGGUGUUGCCUUUUUAGACGCGAUUCCGCGCAACGCCGCGGGAAAAAUUAUGCGCAAUGAAUUAAAAGUGCUGAAAAAAUAA